AUGUCAUCCCUUCAUAAUUACUAUAGAACGUUGAACGUGGCCAAGGAUGCGAGCAAGCCGGCAAUACGGAAGGCUUACCUGACCCUAGCUAAGAAAUACCAUCCCGAUGUGAACAAGGCACCGAAUGCUGACAAGCUCUUCCAGGAGAUUCAGGAGGCAUACAGCGUGCUGUCUGACGAUGGCCAACGGCAUAAGUAA